AUGGAGGACUCGCCUCCUGCCAUCCCGGCCGAUGACGAGCCGAAGUAUGGUGGAUUCAGUCGCUUUGAAAUUGAACUAGAGUUCGUCCAAGCCCUCGCGAACCCGACCUACCUGAACCACCUGGCGUCGCAGAAGCUCCUCAACGAACCCGCCUUCAUCGCGUACCUGUCCUACCUGCGCUACUGGUCGCGCCCGCCCUACAUCAAGUACCUGAACUACCCGGGCCCGACGCUGAAGCACCUGGAGCUGCUGCAACAGGAGCGCUUCCGCCAGGACAUCAUCAAUCCCGGGCUCGAGCAGGCGCUAAUCGCCGAGGGGGCCAAGGCGGCGGUGGACUGGCACAAGGGUGAUUAG